AUGGCCCUCAACCUGGAGAAACAACUGCGCUUCUAUGGCGCAUACCACCAUGACGCAAUCAAUAUUGGCAUACACAUGGUUGGAGUUCCCAUUAUCCUGUGGACUACAUUCCUCCUUUUCACGAAUUCCGGUCCACUGAUCAAGUUGCCUCAAUCGAUGACCAUCCCCAACCUCGAACUGGACGCCGGCACACUUUUCUGCCUGUCUUACUGCGGGCUAUACAUCUUACUCGAGCCAGUGGCCGGAACGGCGUUCGCCGCACUGCUUCUCUCUGGAACUGCAUACGCACAUCACCUAGUCGCUGUCCACGGGAUGACCGCCAACUUCUGGGCGGCGGCGGCAUUCGUGGCGUCGUGGAUUGCACAAUUCUUGGGCCAUGGAGUGUUCGAAGGACGGGCUCCUGCUCUGCUGGACAACAUCUUUCAGGCAUUUUUCUUGGCUCCACUCUUUGUCUGGUUGGAGAUCCUGUUUGCGCUUGGUUACAGGCCGGAACUGAAGAGCCGGGUGGACAAGAUGGUGGAGCAAGAUAUUGCCAAAUAUCGCGAGUCCAAGGCACAGAAAGCGAACGGGCAGGUGAACGGGACUGCUGCGAAUGGUCACAUCAAACAAUCAUAA